AUGUUCCCAGAGGAUGAUCAUUCGACCCGAUUCGCGCCCGGUCAGGCACCUAGCACGUUAGACAAGGCGUCCCAGUCUUUGCUGUUGACGGAGCUCGUGCGCGGCAUGUGGGUUGUUCUCGAGUCGUUCUUCCGACCCCCUUAUACGCUGAUGUAUCCUUUUGAGAAGGGUGCGCUCAGCCCACGGUUCAGGGGCGAGCAUGCAUUGAGACGCUAUCCUUCAGGCGAAGAGCGUUGUAUUGCAUGCAAGCUGUGCGAAGCUAUCUGCCCUGCACAGGCGAUCACGAUCGAGGCAGAGCCCCGCGAGGACGGAUCGCGUCGCACGACCCGUUACGAUAUUGAUAUGACUAAAUGUAUCUACUGUGGUUUCUGUCAGGAGGCCUGCCCUGUGGAUGCGAUUGUCGAGGGUCCGAACUAUGAGUACGCGACCGAGACGCACGAGGAGCUGUUAUAUAAUAAGGAGAAGCUAUUGGCGAACGGUGAUAAGUGGGAGGUCGAGCUGGCACGAAACCUCGAGGCUGAUCAUCUAUACCGUUAA